GAGCUACCACACAGCUACCCUGUCUACCGAGUCAGCCAUUUCCAUCAUGCGUCUUCUCAACAAGGUUGCUCUCGUCACUGGCUCGUCCUCGGGAAUUGGACGGGCCAUUGCUUUGCGUUAUGCUCGGGAAGGAGCCAAGGUUGCCUGUGCGGACAUCACUCCGACUGCACGCUCGCCGGUGCCAAAUGAACUGGACAUUACUACCCACGAUGCGAUCAGUCAGAAGGGGGGACAGGCCUUCUUCCUCCAGGCUGAUGCGGGAGAUGCAUCGCAGAUGGAAAAUGCGGUGCUGAAGACUGCACAGCAAUUUGGUCGGUUAGAUAUCAUGGUCAAUAAUGCAGGCGUCUCUCUGGAAUCCCGUACCCCGGCUCGAAUUCAUGAAACCACCAAUGAACUGUUCGAUACCACCAUGCGGAUUAACACUCGCUCGGUCUUUUUGGGCAGUAAGUAUGCCAUCACGCAGAUGUUGAAGCAGGAUCCGCAUCCAUCGGGCGAUCGGGGAUGGAUCAUCAACUUGUCAUCCAUUCUUGGGAUUGUGGCAGCGACAGAGAAUCCAUCGUACUGUGCCUCCAAAGGGGCUGUUAGUAAUCUCACGCGUCAGGUGGCAUUGGAUUAUGCGCGCGAUCGCAUCCAUGCGAAUGCUAUCUGUCCGGGUUAUACCCGGACAGCCAUCUAUCAAGAGACGACGGAGUAUAUGCACGCUGCGGAGGACUUGAUCCGACGACAUCCCUUUAAUGGGCCCGGGUUGCCGGAUGACAUUGCGCGGGUGGCUGUGACACUGGCGAGUGAGGAUGCCAACUGGAUGACGGGUGCUGUGAUUCCUGUUGAUGGAGGGUAUACUGCGCGGUGA